AUGAAGUCUGCGAGCAGACUAUUCUAUCUUUCUGUGUUUGCCCUCUGGGCUGCACCCGGUUCUUGCGAGAGCUCUAGUGAUGAAUGCCAUAUCUCGCCCAAGUCAAUCGUUGGCGAUGCCUGCGCUUCGUAUGCGACUCUCGAUAAACUGAACUCCCUGACCAAACCCGCCGUCGACGACCUCACCCACAACACCGACUUCUUCUCGCACUACCGAGUGAACCUCUUUCACAAGAAAUGUCCCUUCUGGAACGACGAAAAUGGCAUGUGCGGAAACAUUGGAUGUGCGGUCGAGACGCUGGACAACGAGGAGGAUAUCCCGGAGAUCUGGCGUGCGCAUACACUUGGUAAGCUCGAGGGUCCUCGUGCUAAGCAUCCGGGGAAGAAGGCGCAGCGCCAGCAUCCUCAGCGACCUCUUGGAGGUAGUCUCGGCGAGAAUGUCGGCGAGAGCUGUGUCUUUGAGUAUGAUGAUGAGUGCGACGAGCGAGAUUACUGUGUUCCUGAGGACGAGAGCGCGAGCUCAAAGGGCGAUUACGUGAGCUUGGUUCGAAACCCGGAGCGAUUCACUGGAUAUGCAGGCGAUGGGGCCAAGCAGGUCUGGGACGCCGUUUACAGAGAGAAUUGUUUCCAGAAGAGUUCCUUCCCCAAGUCUGCCGAUCUCGGCCUGUCUGGAUGGAACCGCGGUCCUGCUGCUCAAGAUUUCAAGCAGAUCCUCGAUGCAGCGGGUCGCCAAGCUCAGCUUGAGGAGCGCCGUCAGGAGAACCCCAAUACCCCGUUUGUCGCAAACACAGGCUUCGAGGUCGACGAUGAGUGUCUUGAGAAGCGUGUGUUCUACCGUGUCAUGUCCGGUAUGCACGCCAGUAUCAGCACUCAUCUUUGCUGGGACUUCCUGAACCAGACUACUGGCGAGUGGAGCCCUAACCUGUCCUGCUACGAACACCGUCUACACAAAUUCCCUGAUCGCAUUGGAAACGUCUACUUCAACUAUGCGCUCAUGACACGUGCUAUCGCCAAGGUUGGACCUUAUCUCCAGAAGAAGGACUAUAAGUUUUGUAUGGGAGAUGCUUCUGAGGAUGCUGCCACUCGCGCCAAGGUCCUUGAGGUCACCGAGAAAGCUGCCAGUGUCCCUCAAAUAUUCGACGAGAGCCUGAUGUUUGUCAAUGGCGAAGGACCAUCUCUGAAGGAGGACUUCCGCAACCGCUUCCGUAACGUCAGCCGUCUCAUGGACUGUGUUGGCUGCGACAAGUGCCGUCUCUGGGGCAAGCUCCAAACCGCUGGCUACGGUACCGCUCUCAAGAUUCUUUUCGAGCUCGAUAACAACAGCGACGACGUUCCUUACCUCCAGCGCACCGAGCUAGUCGCUCUCUUCAACACCUACGCUCGCAUCAGCAGCUCUCUCUACAACAUUGGCCAGUUUCAGCAGAUGAUGGAGGAGAAGGUCUUUGCGGAGAAGGAGCAGGAGGGUCUUGAGGAACUUGCCAAGAACGAGAAGUUCAACAAGAAGUUUGAGAUGGAGGCUGAGGAGAACCCCCAGAUGGACGACGCUGUUAGGGAGUUUAUCGAGCUGCGACAGAGGGGUCCCAAGGACGACAGCACGAUGGCACACGUUGCGUUCGAGUUUGCCCAAUUCAAGGCUGCUAUCAAGAUCAUUAUUAAGGGAUGGAUGCGCACGCCCAAGGCACUGUAA